UCGACUCUUACACUUGGCGCAAGCGAAGACUAAAAGAGAACCGAAGUCAAGGCUCAAGAUUCAGAGUGGUGAACUCGAACGACUUCAACCAUCGAAGUUUGAUCAUCUUGAUCUCCAUUCGAGACAGGGUGUCAGUGUACGCUAAUGGGUAAUUGUGUUUCCGCUGGCUCCUCAUCAUCAGCUAACGCUACUGCUGAAGAGUUGCCCGUUUGUCACUACCAUGUGUUCCUCAGCUUCAGAGGACCAGAUGUCCGCCGCAACUUCCUCGAUUGCUUCUAUGACCAACUCAGAAGCUCCGGGAUUGUGGCGUUUAGAGACCGCGAAGAGAUCAAGCCCGGUGAAAGGAUCAAUACCAAGAUCCUGGAAGCCAUCAAGCAUUCCGACAUCUGCAUCCCCGUCUUUUCCGACGACUUCGCUUCCAGCGCAGCUUGCCUGAUGGAAGUUGCCCAGAUGGUGGAGUCGGGGAAACCCAUUAUUCCCAUUUUCUACGGCGUCAAGCCCAGCGCUGUUAAACACCAGAAUGGGAAAUAUGGAAGGGCCUUCAUCAAGCACGGGAGACGCAGAGAUGCCGAGACAAUCAGAAAGUGGAAGAAUGCUCUGGAAUAUAUUGCUGAGAUUUUGGGUUUCGAAGUGGAGCAUGAGGACAGUGGGUAUCACGAGCUUUUAGAUAACGUCGUUUCGACACUUCGGCAACACUUGAGAAAGGAUGAGCAAGAGGUGACUAAACAUUUAGUUGGAAUAGACAGAGAUGUGCAAGAGAUAAUGCGAAAGCUUGGCAUCGAUAAUCAGGAAGGACAAGUUGUACAGGGACAGAAGACGAUGGGCAGAUGUGUGGUUGCAAUAUGGGGUCUGGCGGGAGUCGGCAAAACCACACUUGCAAAGGAGGUAUACAACAAAAUCAAUCACCUCUUUGACAGUUGCAGUUUUCUUGAAAAUGUUAGGGUGAGAUUGAACAAAACAGAAUGGGAUAUCUGCAAAAGAAGUUAAUUCGAGAUCUCAAGAGAGGAGAUUGUCCAAAGGUGGAAUCCUACAGUGAAGGCACCAAAUUGAUAAAAUUCCUAUUCCAAACAAAAAGAGUUCUCAUAGUCCUGGACAAUGUGGACAACUUCAUACAAAUCAAACCAUUGACUGAAAAACUAUGUUGGUUUGGUCCGGGAAGCAGGAUCAUCCUAACAACUAGAAGGAAAGAUGUCGUUGGACAUUACAAGGAUGAAGAAAUUAGAGAACAUGAGGUUUUAUCCUUGGAUGAAAGUCAUGCUCUAAAACUUUUUAUAAGCAUGCCUUUCGAUUAGAUUAUCCCUUAAGGGACUACGGUUCUCUAUCAAGCGACGUCACUUCUGCAGUUGGAAAGCUUCCUCAUGCUAUUGAAAUCGUGGGGUCAUAUUUGUAUGAUAAGAACGAAGCAAUAUGGACAGAGACUUUGCAAAAAUUGAAAAAAGAGCCGGAAAAAGAAGUGGAACAAUUGUUGACCACAAGCUAUAAUCUUUUGGGGGGAAACACAAAAGAAAUAUUCCUUGAUAUAGCAUGUUUCUUUACAGGAGUUGAAAAGACAAUCCCCAUUUACAUGUGGGAUGCUCGUAGGUGUUUCCCAAAUAGAGGUAUCGACGAACUUCAAAGGAUGUCUUUUCUGAAAAUUGGAGAAGCAAAUGAGUUUUUGAUGCAUGAACAACUAAAAAUUCUGGGAAGAGCCUUUGUCAAGAAUGAAAGUCUUGCAAACCCCGGGUUGCGCAGUAGACUGUGGGAUUAUGAAGAUGUACAAACAACAUUGUGGCAAAGGCAGGUUACCAACAAUGUUGAAGCUCUUCGUGUAACCCCUAAUUCUAAUCAAGAUGAACCGCCAAUUAACUGUUUUCAUUGGGACGAUUUCUGUCAUCUAUCGAAUGUGAGGUUUCUUGAGUUGGACAACGUUGAAGUUGAAGGAAAUCCUGAGAAUCUUCUUCCGAGCCUAGUAUGGCUUGAUUGGCAUGGAUGCCAUGAGAAAUCUAAGUUGUUUGCAUUGAAUAUGGAGAAGCUGGUAAUUCUCGGCUUGUGUUCAAGCCAAGUCGAAUUGAACUUGGAGGACUGGAGAGAAUUGAUGCUGAAGGCUAAGCUUUUGAAAGUGUUGAACGCAAAAGAUUGUCCUUUCAUCAUUGCAUCUCUGGAAUUCUCCGAGCCAGUGCCUUUAGAAUGUCUGGUCCUGGAAAAUUGUUUACUAGGAGAUCUAACAAAUCAUGGGUCGACAUCUGGCUUAGUGAAUCUAGUUUCCUUGAACAUGAAGCGUUGCUCAUAUUUUAGAUGUUUGCCACAAGCACUGUGCUCCCUGAAAAAAUUGGAAGAGCUUCUCCUUGAUGGAACUAAAAUUGAAAGACUUGAAUUCAAGGAAGGCUCUCUGCCUGCACUUAAAAUUCUCAGUGCUUGCGAAUGUGAAGAUUUGGUUGACAUCGAUUCCAUUGCAUUCUUAAAGAAACUUCAAAAGCUUACUUUAAGAAGUUGCAAAAAUCUAAAAGAACUUCCAGCUGUCAUUGGAGAGCUUGUUCAGCUAAAGGAAAUGGACCUGUCGGACACCUUAAUUACGGAAUUACCUCCUUCUGUCAGGGAUUUGGAAAAUCUUGAAGUGCUAAAGAUGAUUCGUACUUACCUAGAAGGAUUUCCUGAAGCUGUUACAGAUCUUAAUAGGCUUAAAGAGUUGGAUUUCACCUACUGUGAAAGUUUGAGUGGAGUUUGCAACAUCACAGGAUUGUCUUCUUUGAGAAUCUUGAGAUUAAAAUAUUCCAGAAUUUCUUGUGUGCACGCCAAAGAUUAUGGGCGAUUCAACAUCCUUGAGUUAGAUGAUGGUGUUGACAAGCACACGGUUUAAUGGAGACCUUGUUAUUGACAAAAUACCGCUCAUCCUGCGAUGUCAAGCUAUGUGACUAAAGAGCUUGAACAGAAGCGUCUUCCAAACGUUUGAAGUACGAGUUAUUCAACAAAGAAGGUGAGAUCUUUGGGUUCUCGGAGACAAAUACUCUUCUUUUGACAGCAUAUAUCUAGACCUUCCUAUCCCAGUUUACUUCUUGGAUCUCUGAUUUUUCUAUGUCGAGUUUUAUCUCAAACUAUGUGACAUUUUUGUAUCAGCGUGUUCCAUAAUCUAUGCAAAUGGUUCCGUUUUCUCUUUCUUGCCAUCA